AUGACGUGGAAGGACAUUGCCCCUGUGCCUACGGCACAGGAAUUCAUCGACAUCAUCCUCUCGAGGACACAGCGUCGCUUGCCGACUCAGAUCAGCAGAAUUAGAGCCUUCUACACCCGUAAGGUCAAGUUCACACAGGAAACAUGCAGCGAAAAGUUCGGCGCCAUCGUCUCGAGCUUCCCCAUUCUCGCCGACCAGCAUCCUUUCCACCGCGACUUGAUGAACAUUCUCUACGAUGCCGACCACUUCAAGGUUGCCCUCGGUCAGGUCUCGACCGCCAAGCACUUGAUCGAGACCAUCUCUCGUGAUUACGUCCGUCUCCUCAAGUACUCGCAAAGUUUGUACCAGUGCAAGCAGUUGAAGAGAGCCGCCCUCGGUCGUAUGGCCACCCUCAUCAAGCGUCUGAAAGACCCUCUCGCCUACCUCGACCAGGUCCGCCAGCAUUUGGCCAGAUUGCCCGAUAUCAACCCUACCACCCGUACCCUCCUCGUUGCCGGCUUCCCCAACGUCGGCAAGUCUUCGUUCGUGCGCUCCGUCACCCGCGCUGAUACCCCCGUCGAGCCCUAUGCUUUCACCACCAAGAGCUUGUUCGUCGGCCACCUCGACUACAAGUACCUCCGUUACCAGGUCAUCGAUACCCCUGGUAUUCUCGACCACCCUCUCGAGGAGAUGAACACCAUUGAAAUGCAGUCAGUCACUGCCCUCGCCCAUCUCAGAGCCGCCGUCAUGUUCUUCAUCGAUAUCUCGGAGCAGUGCGGUUACUCGCUCAAGGCCCAGUGCAACUUGUUCAGGUCCAUCAAGCCCCUUUUCGAGAACAAGAUGGUCUACGUUGUCCUGAACAAGAUGGAUAUCAAGACCGUUGAGGACCUCGACCCCGAAUCCCAGGCCGAUCUCAUGGACCUUACCAAGUCCGGCAACAUUCAGCUUUUGCGCGCCUCUUGCGCUACCCAGGACGGUGUCCAGGAAGUCAAGAACACCGUUUGCGAGGCUCUCCUCGUUGAGCGUGUCAAUCAGAAGUACAAGGCCGGUACCAGCAGCAACGGCACCAUGGGCUCCCGUCUCACCGAGGUCAUGUCCCGUAUCCACGUCGCCCAGCCCGCCGAUGGUGUUCUCCGCGAGACCUUCGUUCCCGAGGCCGUCAAGGGUCUCAAGAAGUACGACAAGGCCGACCCCGAGAGGAAACUUCUCGCCAGGGAUAUCGAGGAGCAGAACGGUGGUGCUGGUGUCUUCAACGUCGAUCUCAGGGAGAACUGGAUCUUGGCCAACCCCGAGUGGAAGUACGACAAGAUUCCCGAGAUUGUCGACGGCAAGAACGUCUACGACUUUAUCGAUCCCGAUAUCGAGGCCAAGCUGGCCGCUCUCGAAGAGGAGGAGGAGCGUCUCGAGAAGGAGGGCUUCUACAAGUCGGACUCGGACCUCGGCGACGAGUCGGAGGAGGAGAUCCUGCAAAAGGCCGAGUACAUCCGCGAGAAGCACAAGCUGAUCCGCAACGAGGCCAAGAUGAAGAAGUCGCUCAAGAACCGCGCCAUAAUCCCCCGGAAAAUGCAAAAGAAGUCGUUCGCCCAGCUCGAGGACCACAUCGACCAGCUCGGCGUCGACACCGAGGAGAUCAACCUGCGUGGCCGUGCCCAGGUGCGCGAGCCCACUCGCGGCCGCUCGCUGGCCCGCAGCCGCAACGCCACCGAGGACCCCGACGCUAUGGAGGUGGACACGCCCAAGAGCGCCGCCGAGCGUCUUCGCUCUCAGAGCCGUCCGGCCCAGCGUGGCCAGGGCGCGACAAACAGGCGCGACGACGGUGUUACUGGUGGUGUGGGCAUGGACGGGGAGACAGCCCGCUCCAAGGCCGAGAGGGUGGCCAAGCUCGGCCAGCGCAAGAUGAACAGGAUGGCCAGAGCCGGCGAGGCCGACAGGCAUAUUGGUGCUACCAUGCCCAAGCAUUUGUUCUCUGGAAAGCGUACUGUCGGCAAGACACAACGUCGUUAA